CCUAUAUAUUCCUCGCUCGCUGCCCAAAAUCGAAGCUUCUCUUCCUCGCCUCUCUCUAAGACCCCAAAACAAAACCGUGCCUCCUAUUUAUUUUCCGAUGGGUUUUCCGGUCGGUUACGUGGAGGUGUUCUUCCCGAACCCGUUCCUGCACACGCUGGCCCUCCUCGGCCUCCUCCGAAACCUCGUAUUCUUCCUCUUCCACCUCCUCGGACUCUCCGACUUCUUCGAAACCGAGGUCGCUUGGCCGGACCCCCGCCCCUCAGACACGGCGGAGGCACGCCCCCCCUCCGUGUCGGCGCUCCUGAUCCGGGACCUUCUGCCCGUCGCCAAGUUCGGAGACUCCGACAUUGCCGCCCGACAAAACGGCUGCGCCUGCGCGGUUUGCCUGUUCGAGUUCUCCGAGGAGGAGGAGAUUCGGUGCAUGCGCAACUGCAAGCACAUUUUCCACCGUACCUGCGUGGACCGUUGGAUCGACCACGAUCAGAAAACUUGCCCUCUCUGUAGGACCCCCUUUGUGCCAGAUGAUAUGCUUGAUGAUUAUAAUCAACGCCUCUGGGCUGCUUCUGGGGUUAACGAGUUUUACACCGAUUACACUUCUUCUUUCUGAACUUCUCAUCAUCAAUCAUGAAAGCGAAUUGUAUAUAACAAAACCGAAAAUAAAAGAAAAAAUGAAAAUUUUGAGCCAUUGCAUAAUGGACACACUUUUUAGUUACUAUUAUUAUUGAUAGUGGUGUUAUCCGAAUUUCAUCCACUACUACGGUGGCUUGUGAAUCAUUGAAUAGAAUUUGUGAA